AUGUCCGACUUCUCAGACUUUGAUCCAGCUAAUAUAAGCUCUUCUAGUGAAGAAGAAGUCCCUGCUAAAAGAAAGCCACAAGAAAGCAUAGAAAAGCUUGAAAAAGAGUCAAAAUUGCCAAACCCAUUAGAACUUUUAGCAAAAGCAAGAUCUUAUAAGCCGAUAAAAGUGUCGCAGGAAAAGACAAAGGUUAAGACAAAUCCGUAUGAAAAUGCAGUGAUUAAAAAAGAGCCGGUAAUGAAGGCAAAUGAAUCAGAUGCAUUGGAGCAGUAUGAUUAUUUUGCGAAUGCUGGAGAUGCAGUUUUGGAGCAUUGGAAUGCACCUCAGGAACUUCCUGAUAAAGAAAAGCCACUUGAUAAGAGGAAAUUUAUAAGAAAGCAGGACUUCAGGAAGAAAAAAGUUGAAGGGCUGACUGGUGUAAAAGCUAAAGAAUUUUUGAAGCGGCAAAAAGGACAAAGCACUUGGAAAAGAUGGAAAACUGAUGAAGAAGUUCAAAUGAGGCAGAAUUAUGACAGCUAA